CCUACAACACUGAAGGCCCAGUUCCUCGAGCAGUUCACAGACGACUGGUCUGAGCGCUGGACAGUGUCAGAGGCAACAAAGAAGACUCCCGUCGGCACAGAGACUUUCAGCUACGUUGGCAAGUGGGAAGUCGAAGUGCCCUCGCAGCUCGUCAUCGACGGCGACAAGGGUCUCGUAGCCAAGUCCAAGGCUGCUCACCACGCCAUCAGCGCACCCUUCGCCACACCCAUCGAGCUCGGCGAGAAGCCCCUUGUCGUACAGUACGAAGUCAAGUACCAAGACGGCGGUAACUGCGGUGGUGGUUACGUCAAGCUUCUUGAAGAUGGCUUCCAGACCAGCGGCAAGGAGUUUGACGACAAGACUCCGUGGACUAUCAUGUUCGGCCCUGACUUGACGUGCCCGGGCACCAAGGUACAUUUCAUUUUCCGUCACAAGAACCCCGUCACUGGCGAGUUCGAGGAGAAGCACCUUAAGAACCCACCCAAGCCAAAGAUUGAGAAGUUGACCAACCUUUACACGCUUAUUGUGAAUCCUGACAACACUUAUGAAGUCCUCGUCAACGGCGAGUCUCAGAGCUCAGGUAGUCUCCUCGAAGACUUCAAUCCGGCCAUUAACCCCGAGAAGGAGAUUGACGACCCGAAUGACAAGAAGCCUGAGGACUGGGUUGACCAGAAGAAGAUCUCCGACCCGGAUGCCAAGAAGCCAGAUGACUGGGAUGAGGACGCUCCGUAUGAGAUUGAGGAUGAGGAAGCCGAGAAGCCCGAGGGCUGGUUGGACGAUGAACCAGAAACUAUCCCCGACCCUGAUGCUGAGAAGCCUGAGGAAUGGGAUGACGAGGAAGACGGUGAAUGGAUCGCACCGACUAUCCGCAACCCGAAGUGCGAGGAGGCACCUGGCUGUGGAACUUGGAAGCGCCCGUACAAGCCGAACCCCAACUACAAGGGCAAGUGGUACGCACCCCUCAUUGACAACCCAGCAUACAUCGGCGAGUGGGCACCUCGCAAGAUCGCGAACCCCGACUUCUUCGAGGACCUGACCCCAGUCAAGAGCCUCGUCCACAUCGGCGGUAUCGGUAUCGAACUCUGGACAAUGACGCCCAACAUUCUCUUCGACAACAUCUUCAUCGGCCACUCUGUCGAGGACGCAAAGUCAUUCGCGAAAGAGACGUUCGACCUCAAGCACGAGCUUGAGGAAGAAGUGAACAAGAAGGCGAAGAAGGCCGACGAGGAGGAUGAGGAGCCUAUUAAUUUCAAGGAGGACCCAAUGGGCUUCAUUCGUCAGGCCAUUUUCACGUUUAUUGAUGAUGCGAAGGAAGACCCGGUCGCUGCGUUCAAGGCGCACCCGAAGACUGGUGGUUCGCUCAUCAUUUCUGCAUUCACGUUCAUUGGUAUGAUUCUAUCGCUUGGUGGUAUCAUUGGCGCACAACAGAAGCCCGUCACCAAGGUAUUCGCACCCGCAUCCGAGAAGAAGUCAGAGGAACCCGCACCCGUCGCACCCGCAGGCGGAAAGAAGGAAGAAGAGUCAUCCGCGAAGAAGCGUACAGGGAAGUAA